AUUUUGAAUUUGAACAUAACCUAAUAUCCCAUCAUCCAGGCAGGAAUUUAGGUUAUAAUUUGUGUUGAAGAAUAAAUAGCAAAAGGAUACAAUAUUACAAUUUGUUUAAUUGAUGUUACUUACGUCUCGUUCACAAAUUAGAGCGUUGAAUUUAAAUCACCUUCGUCAAGCUGUACGUUCCCUCAUCGUUACUAUGGAAGAAAAACCGGAUCCGUCGACCGCUACUGACCAACAAACAAUUAAUGAAGGUCGAGCGAGCAUUAAAGUAUCAGGGAACGUUUUCUACAAUCCCGUGCAGGAAUUCAAUCGCGAUCUCAGCAUUUCAGUGUUGAACGUGUUCGCGAGGGAACACUGCAAAUCGGACAAACUGGAGGCGGGUGUCAAGCACGAGGGCGGUAUUCGAAUCUUGGAGGCGUUAUCGGCGACCGGUCUGAGGAGCAUUCGUUAUGCGAAAGAAAUUUGCGGAGUUAGCGAGAUUGUGGCGAACGACAUAUCGAGAAAUGCAGUUGCCGCGAUAAGAGACAAUGUUAGGGAUAAUCAGGUGGAGGAAUUGGUCGUGGCUUCGGAAAAUGAUGCUAUAAUGUUAAUGUACGAGCAUCAUUCGAAGGAGCAACAGUUUGAUGUUGUCGACUUAGAUCCAUACGGUUGCCCGUCAAGGUUUCUAGAUUCAGCGGUUCAAGCCGUUUGUGAUGGUGGCCUGCUUUUAGUUACCGCCACCGAUAUGGCUGUACUGGCGGGAAAUUCUCCAGAGACGUGCUACAGUAAAUAUGGGGCCAUAUCAUUACGUACCAAGUGUUGUUACGAAAUGGCACUACGAAUUUUGCUACAGUGCAUCGAGUCACAUGCGAACAGAUAUGGCAGGUACAUUGAGCCGGUUUUAUCCCUGUCGGCCGAUUUUUAUAUCAGGGUGUUUGUGAAAAUCUAUACUGGUGCACAUAAAUGUAAAUUUUCAACAAGCAAGUUAUCAAUGGUUUACCAAUGUAACGGAUGCGAGACUUUCACAUUAUCACCCUUGGGUGUUUUAAAGACGGCCGAUAAUAAACAAGUGAAGUUUAAACUACCGACAGGUCCUCCAGUUAAUUCACAGUGUGAGCAUUGUCAACAUUCACACUUGUUAGGUGGUCCUAUUUGGUCAGCUCCAAUCCACAAUCCAGACUUUGUUCAAAAAGUCGUAACAGAAGCGCCUGUGCACCUUAAUACUGUGAGACGAAUACAGGGUGUACUUAAUGUAAUAUUUGAGGAGCUGCUCGACUGCCCUCUUUACUUCAUUUUGGAACGCCUGAGCGGAAUACUUCAUCUAACCACACCUCCAAUGAUGGAAUUUCGAUCGGCAAUAUUAAAUGCGGGGUAUCGAGUGUCGUUUUCGCACUCGCACAAAACCUCAAUUAAAACUGACGCGCCGCCAAAGGUAAUUUGGGAUAUACUGCGUUGCUGGGAACGACUACAUCCCUUAUCCGAUAAACGUCGUAGCGAAAAGAGCGCUGGUAAUAAUAUACUGGCGAUCAAGUCGGAGAAGGAGUACUCGUUCAGCAGUCAUCCUCACGCCAAUCCACCAUCGCGACGUGAGGGCUACGUUCGGUUUCAAGAAAAUCCUCUGCCGUAUUGGGGCCCCGGCACACGCUCGACGACAAUGGUGGGCGACGCUAAGAUGCAGAAAAGUAAGAGAAAUCAGGGCAAAAGGAAACGAACGGUGUCGGAGUAGAGAAUUUAAUAAAAUAUAUUUUCAAGCGUA